AUGUUAUCGCCUGAAGGCCUGAUACGAAUUGGAGGAAGACUAAAUCAAUCUCAUCAAUCCUACGACGCGAAACAUCAAAUCAUCUUGCCAUCCUCCCAUGCUUUAUCUAGCCUGUUAGUGAGAAGCUACCACGAAAAACAUCUUCAUGCUGCCCCUCAGUUGCUUCUUAGUACCCUUCGUCUACGAUAUUGGAUCAUAGGUGGCAGAAACUUAGCCCGUACAAUCGUUCACAAUUGUAUCGUUUGCGUCAGAGCUCGCCCAAAGCUCCUCGAACAGUUCAUGGCAGAGUUACCUUCCUCACGUGUCAUUGCCAAUAGACCUUUCUCAACAACUGGUGUUGACUAUUGGGGUCCAAUACUACUGAAAUCAACUCAUCGACGAGCCGGCCCACGAAAGGCUUAUGUAGCGGUCUUUGUAUGUUUUUGCACAAAGGCAGUACACCUGGAAUUAGUAGCAGACCUCAGCACUGCGAAGUUUAUACAGGCAUUGAGACGAUUUGUUGCACGCAGAGGACUGUGUUCAAACAUAUUUAGCGACAACGGAAGAAAUUUCGUUGGCGCUGCUAACGAACUUAAGUCACUUAUCCGUAGCAAACAUCAUCAACAGGCCAUCGCCGAGGAGUGCAACGAAAACGGUAUCAAGUGGCACUUCAAUUCACCUAAGGCGUCACACUUCGGUGGCUUGUGGGAGGCCGCUAUACAAUCGGCACAGAAACACUUCAUCCGAGUUUUAGGAAACCACAUACUGGCUCACGACGACAUGGAAACAUUGUUGACACAAAUAGAAUCCUGUCUGAACUCGAGACCAAUCGUCCCUCUUACUGAUGACCCAUCAGACAACAACCCGUUAACACCAGGGCAUUUCUUGACGGGGUCAGCACUAAAAUCAGUUCCUGAUUAUGACUUCUCUGCAGUACCAUUGAACCGCUUACGCCAGUGGCAGCAGACACAAAAAAUACUGCAAGAUAUCUGGAAACGAUGGCACAUUGAAUAUCUUUCAACCCUUCAAGCAAGAACCAAGUGGUGUAAACCACCAGUGCAGCUUUCGGAAAACCAGUUAGUGGUCAUCAAAGAAGACAAUUUAGCUCCCAUGCGAUGGCCUACUGCAAGGAUAAUUGAACUGCAUCCUGGUCCUGAUGGUAUAACCAGAGUGGUCACUCUUCAAACGCCACAAGGAAAAUUCACCCGGCCAGUAGCAAAACUUUGUUUACUCCCUGUCGUGUCAUCGGAUGACUUUGCCGCAGCUGAGAACGUACCUGAAAUAAACAUACAACGCCCUGUUAAAAAGGGACACGGUGAGCACCUGUCCAAUACUUCUUAA